AUGUCGUAUCAACGACCUCAGGACCCCUACAUCCAUUCGAAUGCGUCUCAGUACGAUGAGCGCUACCAGCAGGGCUACUCGCAGAGCUACCAGCAGCAGCCCUACCAGCAGGGCUACAGCGGCGGCAAUGCUUCCGCCGCCGGAUACCAGGACUACCCCGACCAUGCCUCCGGCUACCAGGGCUCCGCCUAUAAGGAGUCGCACGAGGGCCUCUACGCCAACCAGGGCGCCGGCUACGGCCAAGGCCAGCAGCGCAACGCUGCUACCCAGGCUGCCGCCACCUACUCCUACGCCAAGCCCAAGCGUGGUGUGUCCAAGUGGAUCAAGUUCGGUAUCCCUCUGCUCCUCCUCAUCAUCGCCGGCGCUGUGGUCGGUGGCAUCUUCGGCGCGCGAGCCGCCAAGGACAACGGCAGCAGCGGCAGCGGCAGCAGCAGCGGCAGCGGCAGCGUAGGCAGCGGCUCAACGCCCAACGUCCAGGGUGCCGCCCUCACCGCAGCCCAGCAGGCUGCCAAGAACGGCGGCAACAACAUGCUCUUCUACCAGGGCACCGACCCCUACGGCAACCCGGCCUUCGUCUCGGCCAACGUCGACACCUCGGCUGCCGCCUACUCCGGCCAGGCCCACAACCAGUCCUGCUCCGACUCGUGGUCCGCCACCAACAGCCUCACCAGCCUCCGUCCUCACCCGCGUAUCAUGACCACCCAGGCCGAGUGGGACUGCCUGCCCACCAAGAUCGCCAACGAUGCCUACCUCACCGUCUGGAACUCCACCAUCUUCAACAACGCUACCAACUGGGCUUCGCAGCCGCCCGUCAAGUACGUCUUCGACGGCCCGCCGUCGAAUGGCUCGGGCAUUCUUGACGUCAGCCGCGAGGUCCAACAGCGUGUCAAGGCCUUCGCCUACGCCUACAAAAUCUCCAACAACACCUCCUUCAAGGACCGCCUCUACCUCGAGCUUAACACCGCCGCUGGUAACACGGCUACCCCCUUCGGUCAGGACGGCUCUCAUUGGAACCCGGUUCACUUCCUCGACGUCGCUGAGAUGACCUCGGCUUUCGCCAUGGCCUACGACUGGCUCUACAACGACUGGUCCGACGAUCAGAGGUCCAUGAUUCGCACCGCCAUCGUCGACUAUGGUCUCGUGCCCGGUCAGAACCAGUACGCCACUGACGACGGAUGGUGGAAGCUCCCCGCCAACGGUGACGGCAACUGGAACUGCGUCUGCAAUGGCGGCCUGCUCACUGGUGCUCUUGCAAUUCGAGGCGACGGCGACUCCAAUCAGACCAGCAUCGCUGACAGCAUCAUCAACUCGGCCCUCACCAACAUGAAGGCCAAUUGCAUGACAGGCGCGUACGACGAUGGCACCUGGACCGAGACCGCCAACUACUGGUACUUUGGCACCAACGCCCAGGCACGAGCCCUCUCGUCGCUUAUCUCGGCCACCGGCACCGAUCAGGGCUUGAUGGCGACCAACCCCAACUGGUACAAGACGUCCGACUUCCACAUGUACGUCUCGGGCCCCGGUGGUCUGUUUGCGUACGGAGACAACGGCCCCAACAAGUUUGCCACCACCGCCAACCAGCUCAUGCUCUACUCGAAGCUCAGCGGCGAUGCGCGACCCGCAGUGUACCAGCGUGACCGCGCCGAUGCCUCCUUCGACCCACUCAGCAUGUUCUGGUACGAGCCUACCGCCAAGGGCGCCUUCUGGAACGGCCUGCCCCUCGACAGAUACUUUGACGACGCGCGCGGCUCGUGGGUCAGCAUGCGAUCCUCGUGGACCGAUCCUAGCGCCGUCUAUGUCGGCGUCAAGGCUUCCAACCUCACCGGACACCAGACGCACGGCGACCUCGACGCGGGCGAUUUUGUCAUUGAUGCGCUCGGAACCCGUUGGGCUGGCGAGUACGGCAGCGGCAACUACCUCUCGACCGGCUACUUCUCCAACGAGACGCAGGAUUCUGAUCGCUGGACCUACUACCGCAAGGCCACCGACGGUCAAAACACGCUCGUGAUCAAUAUGCAGAACCAGAACGUGGCCAGCUGCCUGCCCGUCAACAGCUACAACUCGACUGAAGUCGCGCAGACGGGCGACCUCUCGUUCAAGCCAGCUACCACCGACGCUGUAUACUUCAUCACCGAUCUCAGCAGCUGCUACAGCCAGGCUGCUGGUACGGUGAGGAGAGGUAUCCGCAUGCUCAACGGACGCCGACAGGUGCUCGUUCAGGAUGAGAUCGGCCAGUCGAGCUCCAUCAACGACGUCAAGUGGCGUGUGCAGACCAACGGCACCGUCAGCCUCUCGGCGGACGGCAAGACGGCCACGCUCACGCAGAGCUCCAUCACUGACCCCAACGCCGGCGUGGUGGGCAAGGUGAGCCUCGGCGGCACCAAGACGAUGAAGGUGCAGAUCCUGAGCCCGUCGAAUGCAGUGUUCACCGCCACCGGUCCUCCCGCCACGCGCAUCUACGGCCAAGCCGUGUACAGUGCGCCGCCCGAGGACUCGGACCAGGUCAACACCGGCGUCACCGCGCUCCAGAUCGACCUUAACGGCACCCAGUCUGGCGCCCAGACCCUCCAGGUCCUGUGGCAGCCGCAGUGGGACUCGCUCUCGGCUGCCGACGAGGCUACGCCCAAGUCGGUCCCUCUCAGCCAGUGGAGCCUCACCUCGCACAACUAA